AUGACAUUUCUGGAUGAUGUAAAACUGUAUAUUUACAGAGAACACACAGUUCCCCAUUACCACUAUGGAGAAUCCCAUAUCAUAAGUAGCAUCAACUACACCAUGGGAAAUGGAUCAGAAUCCACCAUAAUUCGUGUUGGAUUUCAAGCUCCAUGGAACUUCUCGUAUCCGUUCAGUGCCCAACGGUUAGGAUCUGCUAUCCAGCUGGCCAUAGACAGGAUCAGCAAGGAAUGGGAGCCUUGGUUCCUCGGUAACAACACUUUGGAGUUUGUUUAUGCUGACUGUGAUUGCAAUUCUAAGACUGCUCUGAGUACUUUUAUCAAACUGUUCCAAAAUCAAAAUAUUUCAGCUCUGCUUGGUCCUGUCUGUCCUGAAGCUGCAGAGGUGACUGGUCUUCUGGUGUCUUCUUGGAAUGUUCCCAUGUUUGGUUAUGUCAGCCAGACAUCUAAACUUGACAAUUCCCUUAUUUAUGACACAUAUAUAAAAAUGGUGUCUCCUCUUCAGCGUAUUGCUGAGACAUUGGAGAAGACAUUGCAAUUUUUUAACUGGAAAUUCAUUGCCCUUUUUGGAAGCUCUGGGAAAAGACCUAACUGGGAUCGAACUGAUGAUUUAUGGUCUUUACUGGAAAGCAAGUUGGCUGUAAAUUUCACCAUCAUGGCCAAAAUUAAAUAUGAUCCAAGGAACCCAGACAGUCUUCAUGACAGCUUGCGCACUGUAGCUUCCGCAGCCAGAGUUAUUAUCUUAGUGAGCAGCUCACUGGAUGCAAGGUCUAUACUCCUAGAAGCUGAAAAGCAGGAACUGACCAAUGGGAAUUAUGUAUUUAUCAUGCUGCAGCAAUUGGAGAUUAGCGGAUUUCUGGUAAAUUUUUGGAAAUACACUUUGACCACUGAAAAGGACACACAAAUUUUGAAGGCUUAUGACUCAGUCUUGAUGGUUGCUUUGAAAUCUGGCUUCAAUUACAAUUCUUUCCAGAAGGAGGUUUAUGACAAUCUUAAAGGACAUCCGUUUUACAGUGAAAUCUCUUCAGAAGAUCAGGUCAGUCCCUAUUCCGCGUACCUCCAUGAUUCAGCACUUUUAUAUGCUUUUGGUAUCAAAGAACUUCUACAGCAGGGCAAAAACAUUAGUGAUGGAAAAGCCCUGGUAAAAAUAUUAAAAGGCUACAACAGGACUAAAUUACUUGGGAUGACAGGAUGGCUGAGCUUUGAUGAAAGUGGAGAGCGAUUCAUUGAUUAUUAUGUGUAUGAUCUGCAACAUGUCGGGAAUUCUACAAGUUUUGUCCCUGUUCUGCAGUACGACAGCUAUAAGAGAGUGAUCCUCCCCAUGCCUGCAAUCUCAAACAUCAACUGGCCAGGAAACAUCGCUCCCAAGGACAGACCAGACUGUGGAUUUGAUAAUGACCUGUGCCGAAAAGCAACAAGUAAUAUCCCUGUCAUUGCUCUGAUAGUCACGCUCCUCGUUACUGCCAUGGGGGGAAUUGUGUUUGUGGCUUUUCUUUUCAUUCAGAAGACUAAACUGAGAAAACAAUAUGACGAUGACAACUGGUGGCAAAUAAAAUAUGAUGACAUCACGAUUCUUAAAGACAACAAGGGCCAAUCUAGAAUAUCUCCCAUAAGUACACCAACAUCUAAACGGUUUGGAAGUUUUGGAUCCAGUGCAAUCAUAUCCAGCAACCAGAGCUGUGGUCUCACAGAUAAACAAGGCAGACAUAUAUACUACACAACAAUAGGUCUUUACCAGGGUAACAACGUUGCUCUGAAGUACCUCAGUGACCAAACAACUGCAUCCCAUGUUAGAAAAAUUUCUAUCUUGAAAGAAUUUCGAAUGAUGAGAGAAAUUAAACAUGAUAAUCUGGUGACUUUCUUUGGAGUUUGCACUGAGCUCCCGAACAUCUGCAUUGUUACUCAGUACUGCAAGAAAGGAAGUCUUAAGGAUGUUUUGCAGAAUAAUGACAUUGAUUUGGACUGGAUAUUCAAGCUCUCGCUUGCGUAUGACAUUGUCAAUGGGAUGGGCUUCAUUCACAAUAGCGCAAUGGAUUCGCACGGAAACCUGAAGCCUACAAAUUGUCUCGUAGAUAGUCGCAUGCAAGUGAAACUCUCUGGGUUUGGCUUAUGGGAAUUUCAAUAUGGGACAACCUUUCGAGACAUUGAUGUUAAAAAUGUCAACUAUUCAGAGCUCUACUGGACGGCUCCUGAACUAUUGCGAUUGGGCAGAUUUCCAUAUCAUGGCACCCAGAAAGGAGAUGUUUACAGUUUUGCAAUAAUUAUGAGGGAACUGAUCUACAAUAAUGAUGAUGGCCCCUUCCAGGAUCUAGCCAUGGAACCAGAAGAAAUAAUCAACAAAAUCAAAGAUCCAAGCGCCAACAUCCCACUGAGACCUUUCUUAUCAGUAGAGAAAUGUAAUGAACGUAUUAUUGCCAUGCUUAAAAUGUGUUGGGAUGAAAACCCAGACAGACGUCCAACAUUUGUCUCCAUAAAGAGGAGCUUAAGAAAUGCCAGCCCUGAAGGACAUGUCAGCAUUUUGGACAAUAUGGUUAAUAAACUGGAAAAAUAUGCAGACCACUUGGAAGAAGUUGUGGAGGAAAGAACCGUCCAAUUAAUGGCAGAGAAAAAAAAGACAGAUAAAUUAUUGUCAACCAUGCUACCAAGUUUCAUUGCCGAGCAGCUCAUGGCUGGGAAAUCUGUAGAACCCGAGAGCUUCAGUUCUGUUACCAUCUUUUUCUCAGACAUAGUGGGAUUCACAACGAUCUGCUCUUCCAGCACCCCACUUCAGGUGGUCGACUUGCUCAAUGAUCUCUACAGUUUGUUUGAUGAGAUUAUCAAAGCCUAUGAUGUGUACAAGGUGGAAACCAUUGGAGAUGCCUACAUGGUUGCCAGUGGCCUCCCAAUACACAAUGGAAUGCGGCAUGUAGAGGAAAUUUCUACAAUGUCUCUGCACUUUCUUAGCGCGAUGAUGACCUUCUCAAUCAGACACAUGCCUACUGAAAAGCUGAAACUUCGCAUUGGUCUUAAUACUGGUCCAGUGGUGGCUGGUGUGGUUGGAGUCACAAUGCCCAGGUACUGUCUGUUUGGAGACACUGUGAACACAGCAUCACGAAUGGAAAGCAACAGUUUACCUCUUCGGAUUCAUGUUUCUGAGGCAACUGCAAUAGCUCUAAAAGGGAUUGGAGGUUAUGAUUUAAAGGAGAGAGGAACUAUACAAAUCAAGGGCAAAGGAAGGCAAACAACAUUUUGGCUAAAGGGUAAAUUGGGCUUCGGUAUGCCUCUGCCAGACUUCCCCGAUAAUCUUGAAGACCCUCUUCACUUCCAGCCUCAGGAGCCCUGUUUCAUAUCCCUUUAAAUUGACCCAUUUUCAAAUCAACACUGUAUUUUAUGUACUCCAGGAAGAGGUGUCCAGCUCUGUAAAUGAAAUAUAAAUAAAUACAUUUGCAAGAAUUGAGGUUUGUUUAUGGAUUUAUUUGGACCAAUUGCCAGAACAGACAUCAUUGGGAUGAAUGUUUCUUCAAAUUACAACAAAAAUAAAAAUAAAAUAAGAACACAAAACUC